AUGGGUUUCAUACCUGUGUGUCUCAGAGUUGUUGCCUGCACCAGGAGGUCCAUACCUGAGUCUGCCUUUCUGCAAGUCCUGAGCACAAAGCCUCAACCCUUAUGCAACAGCAGGUGCUCCAUCAACACGAAAUCACAGAAUCUUACACAUGUCUCAGAAUUCCUUCUCCUGGGCCCCUCAGAUGAUCCGGACCUGCAGCCCCUCCUCUUUGGGCUCUUCCUGGCCAUGUACCUGGUAACCGUGCUUGGGAACCUGCUCAUCAUCCUGGCUGUCAGCUCUGACUCCCACCUCCACACCCCCAUGUACUUCUUCCUUUCCAAUCUGUCCUUGGCUGACAUCAGUAUCAGCACCACCACCAUCCCCAAGAUGCUAGUGAACCUCCAGACACACAGCAAAUCCAUCACCUAUGCAGGCUGCCUAGCUCAGGUGAUCUUUUUUACUCUUUUUAUAUGUCUGGAGAGUCUACUUCUGACAGUGAUGGCCUAUGACCGAUUGGUGGCCAUUUGUCACCCCCUGCACUACCUGGUCAUCAUGAACCCCCGCCUCUGUGGCUUUUUGGUCCUGGUAUCAUUUUCCAUCAGCCUGUUGGACUCCCAGCUGCACUACUUGAUGAUUUCACAGCUUACCUUCUAUGCAGAUGUGGAAAUCCCUCAUUUCUCUUGUGACCUUCCUCAACUCAUCAACCUUGCCUGUUCUGACACCUCCACAUAUAACCUAUCAAUCUAUUUCAUUAGUAUCAUCUUUGGUGGGAUUCCACUGUCAGGGAUUCUUUACUCUUAUACUCAAAUUAUUCCCUCCAUUCUGAGAGUCCAGGCAUCAGUUGGGAAGUACAAAGCUUUCUCCACCUGUGGUUCUCACCUGUUAGUUGUUUGCUUAUUUUAUGGAACAGGUCUUGGUGUGUACCUCAGCUCAGCUGUCUCAUCUUCCCCCAGGAAGGCUGCAGUGGCCUCAGUGAUGUACACUGUGGUCACCCCUAUGCUGAACCCCUUCAUCUACAGUCUGAGGAACAGGGACAUCAAGAGUGCCCUGUGGAGGAUUAUCAGCAAAAUAGCCUAA